CAGCAACAGCCUCAGCAACAAGCUAGCGUUCCUCAUCAUGCCACAGCUCGGACCAGCAGAAGAAAAGGUCUCGGAUCAUCUCAUCAACAACAGCAGCAGCAGCAUCAGACCGGUUCUUCACAAGGAGCGCUGGCCGCAUCGAGCGCAACGACAGCCGCCGUCGGGGGAGGAAGCAAGCAGCACAUAUGUCCCGUGUGCAGUAAGGUUUUGGCCACCCGAAACGUCUACCAGCUGCAUAUGAGGAGUCACUCCGGCGAGAAACCAUUCAAAUGCGAACAGUGCGGCAAUAAGUUCAGCCAGAAGACAUCUUUGACCCGACACUUCAGAUCGCAUACAGGAGAGAGACCGUUCCCCUGCGAAGUCUGCGGCAAAAGGUUCGCGGAUAAGGAACGUAUUAAGAUACACAUGCGCACCCAUACCGGAGAGAAGCCGUUCAGUUGCGAAGUGUGCGGCAAGCGUUUCUCGCAGAAGUCGACGGUCAAACGGCACAUGUCAGUGCACACUGGUGCCAAGCCUUUUCAGUGCACAACUUGUGGGAAGGGCUUCGCUAAUCGAGGCAAUCUCAACGCCCAUGCCAAGACGCACGGCCAGAGCUCCAGCCAUCUGCCCAGCUCUUCCGUCACCUAAGCGCCUCACUCGUUUUAGGCUCUUCACGUUCUUAAUCAUCUAUAGGUUUUUUCUAAGAGGGGAUUUCUAGCGUUAUAUAAUAUUUGUUAUACAAUACGAUUUCGCUGUCGAGAUCCGUCUGUCCAUUCAUGCAUCCAUCCAUCCAUUCAAUAAUCCAUACCUACCAGGGGAGUCAUGCCUCGGGUCAGACGUAGGCACGCUUCACCUUUCCUCGUUUUGGACGCACGUCAAUGAACUUCUAGGAACCAAGAAAAAUUAAAUGUUCUCUCAAAUCAUCGCUACAGCUCGCCUCGACGGUCAAUGAAUUCUCGGGUUCAGAUUCCCCUUUUAAUUAAUCUCGAGCCCUCCUCAUGCAACGAGUUCAUCCUCCACAAAUUUUAGGUACCCGACGAGAGACUUUGGGCAAUACCUACUCGACUUUGAAAAAGCGAUUCCCAGGAGGAGAGCGCGCUGCGAUAUUCGGAUCAGUAAAAGCUAUGAGGGUCAGAAAGGCAGAGCGACGAU